GCUAAUGUAAGAAAACAAGGGAAGAAGAAAAAGAAACGACUGAAUCUACGCCAUUUCGCUUUCCAUUCAUUGGAAUUGGAUCCUAUGUUAUUUUAUAGGAAAUCCUGAACUUCAUCAUGGUGAAAAUUUUUAUUGGCAACCUUGCCUGCGACACGACCGCAGAGGAGCUGCGGGAACUCUUCGAGAAGUACGGCAAAGUCACAGAAUGUGACGUUGUCAAAAACUACGGGUUUGUACACAUGAGCGACGUAUCUGAAGCCGAGGAGGCCAUAAAAAACCUCAACCAGCAGCAGCUGAACGGAUGGCGCAUGAACGUGGAGAUGAGCAAAGGCAGGCCCAAGUCCACUACCAAACUCCACGUCAGCAACCUCGGUGAGGGGGUCACUAGCGAGGUUCUGCGGGCCAAGUUUGAAGAGUUUGGCGCAGUGGUGGAGUGUGACAUAGUUAAGGACUACGCCUUUGUCCACAUGGAGAGAAUGGAAGACGCCAUGGAUGCCAUCAAUAAGUUGGACAACACCGCCUUCAAAGGUGAACUCUUGGGCAGGGGAAGCUAAU